AUGGAGAAGCGCACACGGCGCCUCGGCCACAAGAAGUCGAGGAACGGAUGCCAGCGCUGCAAAGCACGUCGUGUCAAGUGCGACGAGGAACGACCCUGCCAGAAAUGCGUGGCCCAUGGGGCGCACUGCAGCCUCCUCGAUGGUCCCGCGUCCGUGACGGCGCCUCUCACGCCACCCGCUGCCGCCAAGCUUGCGCAGCACUAUGCCCCGAUCCAGGCCGCGGCGGUGUCGGCCUCAUCGCCUCAGCAUCAGUCCCGUAGUGUCCAAGAGGCGGCGAGUGAAGCGAGUCUCACUCCCACAGCAGUGAGCAGCACUUCUCCCUACCUUGGGGAAACGGCGCCAGAUGCUCGCAACCCCGCCACAGAUCCCUGGGAUCUCUCGGAGGAUUGGCUGCAAAGUUUACGCCUGAUGCACCACUACAGCACCAGCACACGGCAUGUCCUACCAAAUGAUGCCUGUACCGAAGAGUUGUGGAAGACGGCUAUACCCGAGAUGGCUUGCUCUCACAAAUUCCUCAUGCACGGUUUGUUGGCCCUAUCUGCCCUCCAUUACGCCUACAUCCACCCGCAGGAGCGGAAAAAGUACGACAUCAUCUCGGUGAACCACCAGAACGUCGCGUUGCGCUUCUUCGCCCUCCGCCUGAACGACAUCAACAAGCACAACUGCGAGGCCUACUUCUUCCUCGCGACCCUCAUCUUCAUUGUCAGCAUCUGCUCCGUCGCCCAUAGCGAGAGCCUCGGCAGGUCGGUCGCGCUCAGCGACGUCUCGCAGUCCUUUAUGCUCCUGCACGGCGUCAAGGGCAUCCUCGACUUCCAGCCCAUAGAGGCCUGGAGGCAGCGCGGGGGUCCCCUCGACGCCCUGCUGCGGCCGCCCUCGCUGACGCAGGGCGGCUGGAUGUCGUCGUCGCCGUUCCAGAAGCGCCUCGACGCCAUCACCGCCCUGGCAAGAGAGGUACCCGCGUCCUUUACCGAGGUCAUCAACCCGCAGUCGGUCUGCGUCCUGGCACUGGAAGGGCUGAGGAGGGCGCACCAGAUCAGCCGGAGCGAAGGGGAGAAGCCCGGUGGGGUCUGGGGGUGGUCGGCUACCCUGCCCGCCAUGUUCAUCGAGAUGGUGGGCAGCGGGCACCCUACCGCGCUCGUCAUCCUGGCGCACUACACCGCGUUGGCGAAGCCGUGCGAGAAAGCGGACUGGAUCUGCGACGGGUGGAGCGGCGCGGUGAUGCGCCUGGUCGAGAGGACGUUGGAUGACGAGUGGAAGCCGUGGAUUGAGUGGCCGAAGCGCAGCGUGCUGGAAAGGAUUGACGUUGACGAUAUGGAAGUUUGA